AUGGAGGGCGCUCAGUAUCCCGCCUCGUCAACCGAGCCUCCUGGACUCGAUCUUCCAGCCGGGGAGGAACGAAUCUACCACUGGCAGGGCGAAGAGACCCAUCUACCCACAGCCCCAGCACCGAGGAAGCGAGAAGAGAUGGCCAACGAGUGUGCAAAACUUCACGACAAAAUUCUGCAGACGGCCAGGAUGGAAGAGGAUGGCCUUGAAUACAUUCACUGCCCGCUGAUUGACUUCAAGCGCUUCUUCGAGUUGUAUACUCAUAUCCAUUUGUACAACAACAUGGAAGCCACCGUGUCAGCAACGAACCCGACCCCAAACCAGCUCCUCGAGUUUGCGGCUUCAGUCCCGAGCGGGCAAAGUUCUCUGCCGUCUCAGCACCCGCUUCUGCCCCCUCUCACUGUGGCCCCCUCUGAGCUGACUCCGGCCAAGCGUAGCCGCGGUCGUCCCCCUAAAAACAAGGCACAAGUCCUUGGCCCAACCCAAGGCCUGGAUCAGCGUCUUGCGGCUGCUUCGGCAGCCGUCUCUGGCCGGCCCUUCCCUCCGGUGCCGACCUACGACGAGCCUGUGGCCGGGGCUCAGCCCCAGCCCACCACCGCCGUCAGCACCAGCAUUACUCCCGAUCUGCUUCAGCCGCCAGCGGGGCAGCCCGCCGCCCUGCAAGCCCUGACCGACUUCCAAAAUGAGAAGUACCUCUCGUUCUGGCAAAUGGGCUACGAGGCGGCCUUCCGCCCGGCGUUUGAGGAGGGUCGUCGUGCCGCCGCGCCCAUAGCUUACGCGGUGCAUCUGAACGGGCUGCGCGAUAUACGUCCUCGUCUUGAGACUGUGAAGGGAUAUGUCAAAUUUGGGAUGGGUCGUCACGCCGAUGGCUACAAAGCCUCCAAGAAAAAAUAUGCUACUACAGCUAGAAACCUGGAUCCGGCGUCGAUUGCCAAGUCUGCCAAUUCUGCUCUCAGAGUUGGCCAGACCAUCGCUGGCAUUGGAAAGGCUUUGGCCCUUGCGCAGUCCUCGGCUACGCAGACAUCUACUCCGACCCCUAUCAUCGGUCAGCCUACGACGAACCAGGGAGCGUCCGCUCUUUUCUCCCAACCCUCUAUUUCCGCUCCCACCAUUGGUCAGAUCCUCGGCAACCAAAGCAUGACUCCCGCCCCAGGAAACAACAACUCCGUCCUGGCUGCUCCAAACGCCAGUUUGACGACUCCUACUGAGAACCCGGGCAGCACUUCGAACACAACAACCGCCGUCUUCGUCCCUCUCCCGACGACAACUAGCAAUAACAACUCUCAGGGCAGCCAAUUAACCAAUGCUCCCAACAAUCCUACUCGGAAUGUUACCCCUGCGCAAACUCAAAGCCAGACCCUCUCUGAGUGCACAAGUACCCAAAAUCCUCCUGCCGAACCCCCUCUGACACCUUCCCAGCAACGCCUCCAAGCCUUACGCAACGCCCUCGUCGAACUCGACAUCAUCUCCACGGGAAUGGACAACCUCAUCGCACGCACUGAGAGGGCGUCCAAUACCACUCUCCCUAUCGAUUUUGACAGCUUGAUGCGAAUCGCGUUUGAAGGAGAGGACAGUUUCGAGGCAGAGUUAAUGAAGGUUGUUGGGGCGGAUCCUAUCGGAAAAGCUAAGGUUAGGCACGAGAUGAAGAAGUUGCUUGGGAAGAGCGUUAUGAAGGAGCAUGGUCAAGGCAUGCAGGCGGCUCAGGCCGCCUUGGAUGAGAGUGACGUUUCCCUUGGUCAGGAGGUUGAGUCUGUCCAGAAUGGUCAGGGUCUUUUGGGUGCUCAGACUGUCCAGGGCCAUCAAACCUUUCAAGCUGGUUAG